AUGGAUGUAGUAUUGAAGGAUGUAAAGUCUGGAGAGCCGAUCGUUUACUUGGAAAGUUUAACGACAUCUUCGAUGGAGUUUGCCGGACAAACGGUAUAUGCACGUGGUGGAAAAGGACAUCCGAAGCUAAUUGGCUGGGAUUCCGAGAAAGACGUAACUAUGACAAUGGAAGAUGCGUUGAUCUCCAAAGAAUCCCUGGCUGUUCUGACAGGAUCCAAAUUUGUUAAAGGAACCAAACCUGUGCACAAAAAAGAGGUUCUUGAAGUAAGUGCCGGUGGAGAAAUCAAGCUGAGCCAAGCUCCACUUACUACAAAACUGACUCAUUUCUUCAAAACAUCCAAUGGCUCCUCCAUGGAAGCUAAACUUGUUGCGUCUCCAAUUACAGACCAUCAAUAUGAAGUGCAGAUUCAUACGUUCUUUCGGCAGUCUCUAAUGGACAAUGUAAACAUGAAUUAUGUAUCCCUUAUCGAUCAACUGAGACAGAAGACGGAUGUCACGGAUCAGGUCAUCAAAGAUACGCAUCUUCAUGAGGAAAUGGAAGAGUUAAGAGAGGAACACAUGUUAAAGAACGAGGACGGUAGUUUUGUCAUGAGAGCAGGAGCUAUGGUUCCACGCGAUUCGCGAAAGCUUCAAACAGAGAUGCAGGAGUUACUGGAGGAGCAAGUUAUGAUUGAAGCCACUGCUGAACGUAUGCCAAUGAUAAAAGCGAUGUACCGUAUCCUUCAGAACUGUACACUACAGUUGGAAGGAGAAACAGCGGAUGUCUACGACCAACUGUGUGAGCAGUUUGAACAAUACGAAGAA